CCUCUCCUCCGGAGCCGCGGCGCCGCCGCCGUCCCUCGCAGGGAUCUCCCCGGUGCCUGUACCGAGCAUCCUGCCGGCGCCCUCCGUGCCGUCAGCCCCGGCACCGCCCCGCCCUGCGAGCCCGCCCCUCCUCAGGUCGGUGACAUGGCCACGGAUGUGGCCGAGCCCGUGGUCCCUGAGUGCAGAGGGGACGGCAGGAGCGGAGCCAGGUCCGACGCUGAUUAUCCCCUGAGGGUGCUCUACUGUGGAGUCUGUUCGUUGCCAACAGAGUACUGUGAAUACAUGCCUGAUGUGACUAAAUGCAGACAAUGGUUAGAAAAGAAUUUUCCAGAUGAGUUUGCAAAACUUACAGUAGAAAAUUCACCUAAACAGGAAGCUGGGGUUGGAGAAGGCCAAGGAAAUGUGGGAGGAGGAGAAGAAGAGGAGAAGAAGAAGCAAAAGAGAGGUGGAAGAGGUCAGAUAAAACAGAAGAAGAAGACUGUACCACAGAAAGUUACGAUAGCUAAAAUUCCCAGAGCAAAGAAAAAAUACGUCACGAGAGUGUGUGGCCUUGCCACAUUUGAGAUUGAUCUUAAGGAAGCACAAAGGUUUUUUGCUCAGAAAUUUUCCUGCGGUGCCUCAGUAACAGGAGAAGAUGAAAUCAUCAUUCAGGGGGACUUCACAGAUGACAUUAUUGAUGUCAUCCAGGAGAAGUGGCCUGAGGUCGAUGAUGACAGCAUUGAAGAUCUUGGAGAAGUCAAGAAGUGAUAGUGGAGGACUACCUUUAUUUAAUUAUAUGGUUAUAAAUGAUAUAGCAAAAGUGAGGCUUCUAAAUCCAUUUGCUCUGCAGUGAAACUGUGGAGAACCCAUGUCCUUGGCAUUCUCACUGUUCUGUAUAGGCUGCUUGGUUUUCUUUUUUGUUUUUGGGGUUUUUUUUGUGAUAUUUGCCAAAGUUAAAUUGGGGUUCUACCAUGCUUAAGCAUGAAGUAGAUUUAAAUAAAAUUACUGUUCCUCACUGAAUAA